AUGUCUAACAUGGGCAACCUCCAUUCAUCGAAUUACGUCAAUGUUUACUUCGAAGUAUUCACUGACCCAUACCAAGCAUUCGAGGCCAUCAACAGGUCCAUCGAGAACUGCAUGAGUAGCCAUGAGUCGUGCCAGUCCCCCGCCGAGGCUUAUCUUCCCUCGUACAUCGUCGAUGUCGAUCUCCCGGGGCAACAGGGAUGCCGUCUCGUGCGGACCAAUGGGCAGGAGAAGGGUCGCUAUGCGGCGCUGAGUUAUGUCUGGGGCGUGCCUCUCUCGGAGCAGCCCGUUUACUUGAGCAGAGACAGUGAGGAGAAGCUAAAGCGAGGAAUUCCGGAGGCGGAGCUUCCGCCGACUCUCAAGGACACCGUUCACGUCUUGCGGAAGCUCAGAAUAAGAGUGGAAAUCGAGAAGAUGCACAAUAUCUUCGGCAAUGCGUUUCUUACUAUACAGGCGUCUCGGGCCAAGUCCAUCAGAGAGGGUUUCCUGCACGAAAGGCCAUCGCCAGUCCUCCCGCGCCAGAAGCUUCGGUACAACGACGCUAGUAGCCAGGAGCCAGCUUUCAUUUAUAUGAGGGCUGCUUCAGUGACGUAUCAGGAGGGAGCCGCCGGCACACGUGCUUGGUGUUUCGAAGAAGGCGUCCUUUCGCGACGAGUCCUGCAGUAUGGCCCGGAAUGCACAACCUACGAUUGCUUUGCCGGAAGGCAGUCGGACAACGGCAUGUGGGACAAGCAAGGGACAUACACAUCUUCGGGACCCACCUUCUUCUAUCCAGGCCCCUGGUACCGCGGCUCGCGCGUUCCCAACGACGAGAGAGUCAAUGAUCCCAGAAUGAAUAUACUCAUAAGGUGGUACACCGCCCUCGACUACCACUACACGCCGCGUUUCCUCACUAAGGAACGAGAUCGCUUGGCCGCAAUUGCUGGUGUUGCCCGCCGUAUCAAAGCCGAUAUUUGCGGCGAAUUUCUAGCCGGGCUAUGGUCAUCUGACAUGCUGUGGGGUUUGAUGUGGUCCACUCGCUUAGGGUUAGGCGUCAAGUUUGUCAACAGGGACAUAGCGGAAGAAUGGAGAUUACCCCAAGCCAAACGCUGGAGGCUAUCCUGGAGAGUUGGAUGA